CUGAGCUAGGUAGACAAGCCACUCCGGCCACUUGGUUGCAGGAUGUCGUCGUCGUGGGUGGUGGAUGUCGACUGCCAUGAGCCGCAGGCGAAGGUGGAGGGAUGGGUGGUGGACAUGGAGAAGAAGCUCGAGGACGCGGAGCCGCGGGCGAAGGUGCUGAGAUGGCCGAAGCACUGCAUCUUCCGCGUCCCACUGCGCUUCAAGAUGAAGACGGUGGAUGGCAUCGCGAGCAGCGUAUUCAAGCCGCAGACAGUGUCUCUCGGCCCAUUCCACCACGAUGACAAGGAGCUGAAACCCAUGGAGGAGCACAAGCUGAGAGCCGUCCGUCAUCUCCUCAGUCGUGACCAUGCUGAUGCUGGUCGGGUCAGCAAGCUGACCCUUGGCGGGCUCGUCGCCGCCGUGCAGAAGGUGGCGGACGAGCUGGAGGAUGCCUACAUGGACCUGGACGAGGAGUGGCGGGGUGAGAACAGGGGCAAAUUCCUUGAGAUGAUGAUCACGGAUGGCUGCUUCCUGCUGGAGGUGAUGAGGACUGCCGCAGGGAAGGAGUCCAUUCCCAAGGACUACGCUCAUGGCGACCCUGUCUUCAGCUCGUACGGCAUCCAGCACAUCAAGCCCUUCAUCCAGCGUGACAUGCUCAUGGUCGAGAACCAGCUGCCACUGAGGUUGCUUGAGACGAUCGUCGCCGUGGAGGACGGCACAUGUCCGAGCGCGGCUUCGAUAAACUCCAUGGUGCUCAAGUUCCUCGAAAGGGAAGAUGCCCCGGAAGGGACCGGCCUGGGACUCCACCCUCUUGACAUCUACCGGACGAGCCGACUAAAGGGCACAAGUCAGAUCAAGAGUAACAGAAAGGUUCUUCACAGAGGCAUGCCGAUGACACGAACAACAAAGGAGGUCAGCGUCGUUCGCCCGGAGAGAGUGGUGCCCCGAUCCGCGUGGAAGCUGUCGGAGGCGGGAAUUCAGUUCCUGCCCAGCAACACGAGCUGCCUCGACGACAUAGAGCUACACAACGGGAGGCUCUACAUGCCCAAGGUCGAGAUGGACGACUCCACCGCCUACAGGAUCCACAACAUGAUGGCGUUCGAGGCGAUGCACGUCAGCACUGGCAAUGACGUGACGGCAUACGUGUUGUUCGUCAAGGACCUCAUCAACUCUGCCGAUGACGUGCAACUACUGGAGAGGAAGGGGAUCCUGGAGCACGACCUCGCUGACGACGACAACGCUGUGGUGAGGCUCUUCAACAGCCUCACCAGAGACGUGUCCAAGAAUUGGAAGAGUCACCUGUCCCAGGUGCGUCAGGACGUGGAUCACCAUUACCGCAGCAACCGUUUGCGUGUCUUUCUCUAUGAGGCGUGGUCAAACCUUAAGAGCAAGUACUUCAGGAGCCCGUGGACACUCCUCGCCCUUGUCACCGCAAUCCUGCUCGUCGUCGGAGAUAUCAUGCAGGCUGUGUAUGCAGUCAUAGGCUAUGAUCCUAACGAGAAGGGCAAGCCCAAAAUGAAUUAACCAGAUGGUGUUUUUUUUUUUGUGUGCAAACAAUAAAAAGUGGAAGCAAACUUGAAGAGUUGUGCACAACUCAACAAAAUAUAUAUA